AGCCAUGGCAGCAGGUGUCAGUUUGUUGAGUGACCUGCCCUACUCCACCGGCAGUUCAGCUAACAGCAGAGAGUCCAGCACUGGCAUGGAGCCAGUGAAUGUCAGAGUACCCACUGCAAAGUACACCAAGGUGGGCGAGACUUUGAGGCAUGUCAUCCCAGGACAUAUGCAGUGCUCCAUGGCAUGUGGUGGUCGAGCGUGCAAAUACGAAAACCCCUCUCGCUGGAGCGACAAAGAACAAGCCAUCAAAGGACUGUACUCCUCCUGCAAAUUUUAUCAGGCCAUUUUGUUUGUUAGAGCUAAACGUCCAAAUUCCAUUCAGACUCGUGGCCAACUGUUGUGUGUGCGAGAGGUCGCCCAGUUCCUUGUGCCACUGCGGAGUGUAUUCCCGUGUGCCGAGCCCAAAGCUCACUCGGUCACGUUGUCUCAGUACCUGACUCGUCAGCGGCACCUGCUGCACGGCUAUGAAGCACGUCUCAUGAAGAACGUGCCAAAGAUCGUACACCUGGUCUGCAGGCUCCUACUGGACAUAGCAGAGAACCGGCAAACGGUGGAAGAGGAGGUGUUGGACAUCCCUGACCUCACAGAGGAAGUGGAGAAGACUGUCUCGCUGCAAGCCCUAAAGCAGUUAGGGAAGGAGAUGAGGGGGAAAGGGAUUCCCAUAUCCUCACCUCGCUCUCCCGACCAACCCAGCUUGCUUCUUAAAGAAAGCCAGUGUGAUCCACCUCAUGACCGGCCACUCUGUAGCGACCAGGAAUUUGAUGUGCUUUGGAGAUGGCCGACGGUAGACAAUACCUACAAGUCUCAGCUCAUCUUGAGCAAAUGUUUUAGCUAUAGCGACUCCGCCUUGCACAAACUGGAUUCCAGGGUGCAGGUACUACAAAGUCCCCAGAAUGCUCUUGGCUGCAAAUCUGGGUUAAACUUUACAGAGGCUUAUGUGUCACAGAGCAGAUUAGCUACACAAACCCCUGACCUUCUGCCAUCCCAGUUGACAUCCGAAAUCAACAGCAGUCCCAAACAUGGCUCUUUAACUGGUUCCUGUAGCUCCCUGGUACAAUCCAAAAACGUUGAAGGCCAAGCAUCCUGCUCUCCUGUCUCCAUAAAACGUGUACCUCUGAAGGAGGCAAAGCGCAGCAUGUCUUAUGGGUUUUUAGGGAGGACCAGUGACAGCAUGUUUUCAAUGCGUCAAGGUGGCAAAAGUCACCCCAGCCCUAAUGAAAACACAACCUCUGAUGUCACACAACAGUUGACAGAUGUUCCUACUCUGACGCUUCAAAGUGAACUCCCACUUGAGACUCGUCGACUGUUUGUGGCCAAAGCUCUGAUGAUGGACAUCGAUGGAGAUGACCUCAGGAGCACAGUCUCAAUGUGGCAGACAGAGCUGAACUCCCGUGAAGGUGCAUGGGAGAGGUUGUGCACCGAGAGAGAUCCUGUGGUGCUCUCCAGGCUCAUGUGGUCUUGGCUAGAACAACUCAAGGAGCCAAUCAUCACAAAAGAGGAUGUGGAGACUUUGGCUGGAAACAGAUUCAAUCCCCAACAUGCUCUGAAUUCACUGGACAAGGUAUCAAACCACAUGAGAAAAUAUCUUUAUAGCAGUGGUUCUCCACUUUUUUGA